UCACUGUUGACAUCCAAUCAGCUGCGGGCUGAUGGGACUGGACGAGCAAUCAAAGUGUUUUUCCUCUCGCACCCCUGGAUACCUGGAGCAGCCGAGCACAGAUCUGCGUUGUAACGUUGGGGCCUCCAGCUGUUUAUGAUGGAAAACCUCCGCUGCUUUGCAAACCGCUUCUCUGACUACAGCGGUGCGCUGCUGCCGGGCCAGGGCGCGCAGGCCGUGGUGCCAGCCGUCAUCGCCACCGUGGACAAGAUCCUGAAGAAGGUCCCCAUCGACAUCAGCGACUGCGACGGAGGGCUGUACGACGGACCGGCCGGAGUGGCUUACAUGCUGUAUCAUGUCAGCGAGUGUCCGCUGUUCUCCGAGCAGCGGGACGUGUACCUGAAGGCGGCCAAGCAGAUCAUCGACGUGUCGGUCAGAUAUGUGGACGCGGAGCCGGACACAAACAUGCGCGCCGCCUUCCUGCUCGGCGGGGCGGGCAUCUACGCGGUGGCCGCUAUGAUCUAUAAGUCUCUGGGUCUGGCUGAUUUCGUUAAGCCGCUCACCAAAUUUCGUAACCUGUGGGAGGUGUGUGCGCCCAUCAAUUUUCUGGAGUGCGGCUCGGAUGAGCUGUUCGUGGGGAGGGCUGGGUACCUGUGUGCCGCCCUGGUCCUCAAACAGAAGCUGGGGAUAGAGAUUCUGAGCAAGGAUCAAAUCAAAUCAAUCUGUCAGGCCAUAAUUGAGUCUGGAAAACAAUAUGCCAGGAGGAAGAGGAAGCCUUUCCCCCUCAUGUACUCGUACUAUGGAACUGAGUAUCUUGGUGCAGCCCACGGCCUCUCAUCCGUGCUGCAGAUGCUGCUGAGCUACCAGGACGUGCUCAGUGCAGCAGAGAAGGACCUGGUGUGGCAGAGCGUUGAUUUCCUCAUGAACCAGGAGCAGAACUGUAACUGGCCCGCUGAGCUGGGCGCCAUCAUCCAGAGGGAGAACGAGCUGGUGCACUGGUGCCACGGAGCCCCAGGUGUGGCGUAUCUUUUUGCCAAAGCCUACCUGAUCCAUAAGAAGCCCCAGUAUCUAGACACUUGUAUCCGUAGUGGGGAGCUCGUGUGGCAGAAGGGUCUGCUGAAGAAGGGACCUGGGAUUUGUCACGGAGUUGCAGGCAGCGCUUACGUCUUCCUCCUGCUUUAUCGGCUCACAGGCAACUCCAAGUACAUGUACCGUGCUCAGAGGUUUGCAGAGUUCAUCUUCACUGAGGAGUUUAAGACAGGCUCCCACUCAGUGACGAGUGUCUACAGUCUGUUUGAAGGCCUGUCGGGGACUGUUUGUUUCCUGGUCGACCUCCUGCAGCCAGACCAGUCGGAGUUCCCGCUGUUCAGCAUCUUUGUGUGAAUGGACCCUGGCUUACCGCUGCUCACUGACCUGAACAGACACCUUUCCUUCCCUCUGAUCCCUUAAGAGCUGGUAUUGGUAGAAGCGCCUAAGAGCCUGGAUUUAGACUGAGAUUGGAGUGGGAGUGGAGGGAUGGAUGGUAUUUGUUUGGGGAUUUAGAAAAUCACAUUUGAGUACAGCUGAAAAUGGUCUUGUUUUGUGUCUAUACUAAAAGUGGAUGAUCAGCUUCCAGGCUUUACCAGAUUCACACCACUCACUGUAACGCUACCUUUUUCAAUUUACAAUGAAGGCUACUACUAAAGCAAGGGUUUUAAAACUGCGGGGCGAAGAUACUGUCUGACACUUCUUCCUAACGUACAGCGCACGAGCAAACUCUGGUGGAUGGAAAACAAAAUAUUGUCCAUUAUCACUGUGAUGUCCAUCCCAAAUGAAUAUCCAUAAAUCUUAGCGCACCUUAUAACUUAUAGAUAGGCUAAAUCCAUGUCUGCACUGGUAACAGGAACUGCUAAUAGGUUAUUCAGCAUAUUUGUAAUGUUGCUGAUUUGGCAGAGACAAAGUAGUUGUCAUGAUUUUGCCUUGCAGACUUUGAAAACCCUUGUGAUUACGUACUGACGGUUUUGAAAAGAGGUAAUGCUGCUGAUGUUGAUUGAAAUUGCAGCAUAUGAAGAUGUAGAAGAUGCUGCCCUCAGGACAGAAACACACACAUACAAUUGUCCUCCUCCAACAAAAGGACCCCAUAGGUUGUUUGUACAAGCAGCUUGUUACAGCAAUGGAUGUAUUGUUAGAUCUGGAUACUGGACCCUAAGAUGGCGUCUAUUCAGUCUAAAGAGAACUGCUUGCCUGGCGCAUAAGGUUUUUAGCUUGGGUUUACAGUAUGCACUCCACUGAAUAUUUGCAGUAGUGUUUCUCCUGCUGGCUCCAACGGCGACUUUACAGAUGUCUCUUUUAUAAUGGUGGUCUAUGGGGAAAAUGCUUUUUGGGCUACAGGGGAAUUUUUUCCGCUGCAAUACUGUGAACUGGCCACUGGAAAAAUUGGAAGCAAGGCUGAGUGGCAAAUCCGUGGCUUGAUUACAGUCUGUAUUUAGGUUUAUGGUUAGGCAGUGACCUCUAAUAGUAAUUAGGAUGGGAGCCAAGGAGGAAUUCAGGUGACGUAGUAUUAAGAGCAGCAAAAUACGUUAAGACAAUGAGGAGGUCGCGGAUGAUGGAUGAGUCAAUCCAACACAGGACUUUGACCCAGGAGUUCACUGUCUGUGUCCCAUGUGACACCAAAAGUUAAUUCUGAACUAUUUUAAGUUAUGUUUGGCACAUGUCAUACGCAACAAAGAUAGGCUAAUCCAAACCAUGACCUUUUCUUAAACCUAACCAUGUAGUUUUGUUUCCUAAAGGUACGGUCACAAACGAGCAAAUGCAGGCAAGUUACCAUCACUUGCUGAGGCGAUAUGUGUGCUGAAUGUGGACAGUGCCAGAUGUGACUUGCAAGCUAAUACUAGCUAGCUUGCGAAUAGAUACUAUGAAAUAUGAUGUUAGUGGUACAUUGACCAAUUUCUUAUGUUUCGUGCCUGUGUCCUGACUCACUGCCAGCUAGGCAGCAUCUUUCGUAUUGGGCAGUUUAUAUGUUAGACUUGGCAACAAUCACUGUCUCCUCCACAGGAAGGCUUUGAUUUCGUUGGUUACCAAAGUUGAAUAUGCAAAUUUGCUUUGCCACCGGAAGCAGAUGUUUUAUUUGCCCCUCUGCUUGCAUUGAAUGCAACGGAAGGUGAAUAUUUACCCCAGUUAAUUUUGCUUAUAUGUGACUGUACCCUGAACUUUAUCGUUACCGUUCCACAACAUCUACCACCUGCAAACUGAAGCCAUUAAUCGUCAUUUAUGUUGUGUUUGUGUUGAUCCCCUGCCACUGAUAGAGGCACUGAUUUACGAAACGCUCCUGUGUGUCGUAUCAAAGGAUAGGAACAAACAAUCUAUGUGGCUUUAUUGGUUGGAGGACUUGUUGCAGCCAUUGACAGCUUAAAUAAACGGCGAUCACAACCAAAAGAAAAAACAGAAAACAAAAUCUGGUGUCACAUAAUGCCUUUAAAUAUUUUUCUAUCACGUCACCAGCUUGGCAUCACAUAUCACAGAACUUUGAAUUUAUGUCUUUAGGGUAGGCCUACGCAAUCUCUCAAAUUAUUGUUUUCACAACGUUUAACGUUGAAUAUAACGGAAGGAUUUUGAUACUGAACUUGGGUAGUGAGGUACAACCAACAGAUGCUGUUGACAACAACUGUAGAUUAUUGUCCUUUUCAUAGUGUCACUUUCUUUGAGCUGCGCAGUAUGAUUUGCAAUAAACUGUGUUAGUUACUGUAUGUGAUCUGUUAUGACUUUUAGUAUGUUAGAGUGCAGGUUUGUGAGCCUGUAAAAAUGUCGUCAGUGUGAGAAUUUCAUUUCUUUUCCGAUGCAAUCUGUUCAAGACGCUCCUCAGUUGUGUAAAUUACAGUGGACGGAGGAUUUCUUUAUGUAAAUGUGAUAAUGAGGCCUUAAAACAAAUUUCUAGCAUUUGGAUAUGAUCCCAUCUCUCAGAGUGAAAAAGGAUUGACGAUAUUGGAAACUGAAAAAUGCUUUGGGCAGCGUUUUGGACAUCAUCAUGGCUUAAGUUGGUAAAAGUGGCUGUGAAUAAUCGCAAACCAAAGUCUCCUGAUGCUAACUGAGCAUGUUGUGGAACAUUUAUAAGCCGUGUAUGUGUGUGUGUGCUGUUUUUUGCAUUUGCAAUCCAAGCUGUCCACAACCAAGUCUAAAAGCUUAUUGUCAUUAAUAAAGUGUC